CCACACGGCGAGCUCAUUAUGUAAGGAAGCUGCACCAAUGGAGCAGAACAGGAUAAAGAGAAAGUGGGAUGGAUGUGAUGGGGUGGUGGUGAGAUCAGACUGACACCAUAGGACCAGAUCAAGCCCAGCCCCCCAUUGCCCUCAUUUUUUGUGCCAGCUGGGCCUGCAGUGUUACCGUCCUGACCCUCAUUAGCACCAGUCAGGGGGAGUUUUUCAAAUUGCUCAUUUGCAAAAGCGCCAUUGAACUGAACACCUCAAGUCUUUUCCCUUCCACUCGCAGGGUGUCGAGAGCACAAAGCACACAGCGAGGAAGUUUGCCAGAAAGCUCCAGCAUGGACUCUUUGUAUAGCGGAAGCAUCGCAAUGAGGAGAAGAAGCUAUGAUGAAACUGCGGCCUCGCUGCGUCCUCAUUUCCGCAAUAUGGCUCAGCGGUGUCGCUCUGCUCCGUCAGUGGUUUUGGGGAAGGCUUUGGGCAUGCCGUGGUCUCCAAUCAGGGAGGAGACUUCUUGUCGGGUGUCACUGGAGCACAGUCCGUUUGUCCAUGGCCUCACCAGUGAGAAUGGAGAACUGCUGCUGAACGAGUGUGUUCAUGUGACAGAGGGCACGAAAACAAGGGAGCGACACCUCUUCCUUUUUAAUGAUGUCAUAUUCUUCGCUAAAAUCAAGUCGAUGUCCAGCUACCGCCUCAAGCAUCGAGUGAUACUGGAGGACAUCUGGCUUCACAAUUUCCAAGAUGAGGCAGAGGAUGAUGAGGGGACAGAGGAGGAUGCGGAUCUCGGCGUGACCCUUGCCUUAGCCUGGGGCCUUACUUUUUGUCUAGUGUCUUUUUGUUCUCCUGAUGUGAAGGCAGUCUGGUGUGAUACCCUCCACAGUAAAAUCCAAGCGGCAAGAGCCAGGGCUGGUUGUGCCUCCUCAUGUCCGGACAUCCUCAUGAAGGUGUUAGGUGGCAUCACUCCAACUAAAACUCUCAUUGGAGGUGGCAUGGAGCAGUUUGAAAACUUUGAUGGAGAUGUAAAUAGUUCGUCCCAAUUGUUGAAUAACCAAGAGGACAAGCUGAUGCAGACUCUUGAAACGAAAUGGAACUUAGUGAGGAAGCUGAGGAAGGGCUCCAGUUUCAUCAGCAGAGCAGCUCAAGCGGACACCAAGACUCAGCUUUUUGGACGGCCCCUCUGCAAAGUGUGCCCAGAUGACAACUCUCUCCCUAAACCCAUCACAGAGAUACUGGUGUUGCUGAGGAAAAGGGGGCCGUCCACAGAGGGAGUGUUUCGGAAGCCGUGCAACAACAAGAACAUGAGGGAGCUCAGAGAAAGGCUCAACAACGGCCUGGAAGUGGACAUGAAGGCACAACCUGUUGCUCUGCUGGUCGGGCUGCUCAAAAGUUUUUUAAAAGAACUUCCCAGGAGCCUGCUGGUGUGUAAUCUUUACAAAGAUUGGAUGACUGCUCUGGAGAUGGAAGAUAGCCAGCAGAGAAAACACGAGCUCAGAAGUGUGGGAGACAAACUCCCCGGGCCCAACAAACUCCUUCUGCAGCACCUCGUCUGCGUCCUCCAUCACAUCCUUGACAACGCUGAGCACAACAAGAUGGACGCCUACAACCUGGCGGUGUGCAUCGCGCCGACCUUGCUGCAGAUAGAGGUCAUCCCGCUAGAUGAUCAGAAGGAGACGAUGAAAAAGGUCACAAAGCUCACUCAGUUCCUGAUUGAACAUUGUGAGAUCCUCGGAGAUAAUAUCCCCCACCUCCUGGAUACCGAUGAAGACUCGGUAUCCUCCCAGCACCAUGACUCGGCGUACGACAGUACCGAUCCGGACGGAGACCGUGAGGUCGGGAGAAGCGGAUCGUCCCCCUCCCUCAGCCUCAGCGUCACAAUUUCAACAUGCUCAUCCGACGUCGUCUUCAAUUCCAAGCCUGCCGUGACCCGUCGCUGCUCCGAGCCCAUCAUCCUUCCCUUUGUGGACGAGGUGAACCUCUGCGGCCAUUCCCGGAGUCACGAUGACUGCUCUGUUGAGAACUUUGUGGAGCAGUCUUUGAAAAAGCAGAUCUCUGAGGGUUCCUUUUGGCAGCGACCUGGGUUGUCUUUGUCAAAACUGAGCAGCUGCUCCAACUUAGACCGGUUUAGCUACAUAGGGAAUCAAAGGAUGGGUUGCUCGAGCUCUUCCCUGGAGAGCGCUGCCUCCCACCAAUCCGAGGGCUCAGUAUUCACCAGCUCCCCAGCGGGCUCGCCUCCAUGCUCAAGGAGAACAAACCACAGCGAGGUGGCACCUCCUAGGCUUCAACAGGACUUAACCGGUUUGAAUUCAGAUGAGAUGAAGCGUUCAAGCUCAUUGAGAGCCGCCUGUAAGGUCCUGCUGCGCACAAAGAGCUUAGGCUUUGGCAGGCACAGUCUGAAGAAGGAACGCCACAAUGACAAGGUUUGUGAACCACUUCAAGAGGACUCUCAAAGUGAAGCGCUCUCUCCGGCCCAGCCCAAGCGCCGACCGCUGUCAGCCAUUGAGGUUUUCAGGCAGGUAGAUAGUAGGCUGCCCUGCAGGCCGCCCCCAUACGAGCAGGCGGUGCACAGCGUGCCUCUUGCGCCGGAGUACGUUUCCAUGACUGUGUAUGACGCCAUUGCUCUGGAGCGUAGGUCCUGCCCAUCUUUUGAGUAUUAUUCCUUCCAACAGAGCUACUUUGACCUCCAUUACACGCAAGAGGCGCUAGAUAGUGUGGAGCACAAGCCGGUCUUCCGACAGAGGGCCAUGUCCGAGUCAGUGUCUGGUCGACACGAGGCCGUGUCACAGAGAUGCAGCCAAUCUGUGUUUGAGGAAUUUCCAUAUGCUAAAGAGUCCUACGUUUGAGCAACCAUCAAACGGACACACAGAAAUGACUUCUUACGCAUUACUCCAAGGCACAAAACCUGUGGUUCCAGGGUCAUUUGUCCUGCUGUUGUCCGGAAUUGGAUUGCCUCCUGAUAAUUGGGCCUUAGCAGGACAUGGCGCCCCAAUUGCUCUCCUACGGUCAUUCAUUUUGUACUAUGACAUAACUCGACAACCUCAUGACCAAGGGACUGUGUUUCCAGGCUCCAGUUUCUCAAAAGGAACAUUUCAUUAUUUCUAUCUCCGGUGACACUCAGCUGGAGAAUUGCAUGCACUAUGCAAGACGUUUAUUUUGAAUUUCAGCUAUGUUCUACUGGUAUAUGAAUACCACAUAUGUAUAAAUGUACAUGCCAUACCUGAGUAGUACUAUUAUAAAAUACAACUUUAUUUGUAGAUAUUUAGUCCUUUUAGCUAAAAUGAAGCUAUGAAAAAAUGUCUUUUUGUUUUGGCUGUAAUAUUUAGUGUCGUAUGUGCUAAAGUCUUGUGGCCACCACAAAUGGUGUGUUAACAUUGUCCAUCUUCUUGCCAGCCAUCCACAAAAGUGAACUGCAAAAAGACUCCCCCCCCCCCCCUUUUUUUUUUGUUAUGUACUUGUAUAACAAAUUAUCAUGUAUGGUUAUUUUUACAAUGCUAAACAACACUACAAUAAUGGCCAUAAACUUUUUAACUUUUUAGAAAUAGAGUAGAGAGUCAAGUAUGUUUUGUUGCUUGCUUGUUGUGAUGGACUUUUUAUUCCACUACAUUGAAUGUCAUUGGUGGUGAUAAGACUGAGCAGCAUGGAUUACAGCAGCAGAGAGUAGAUAAAACAGGGGAAUUUUGUCAGAAUUUUAUGUUUGAAAAACUAGUGUCAAGAUCAACUUCCCUUUACUAUGUAGGUUAUGCAACAGAAGUAAUUGAGAACGCUGUGUUCUGACGCAUACGAUCAAAAAGAAGAAAACCAGAGAGGGUCACAUGGACGGAUUUGGUUUUUCUCUGAAUUGUUGUUUCGCCUUAUGACCUAAAAUGAGCUUCCUUCCGUGUUUGAUAACAGCAAAUCCCUUUAAUUCAAGAUAAACUGAUUAUCAUUGACAUCUAAAAGAUUGCAUUUCAUAUUUAGGUUUAUUACACCAACUGUAUAGUAAAGCUAUGGAGCAAAAUAAGCUAACUUUAUGCUGAACACUAAAAACGCAUUCCUGCAUUGUAACUCCCUAUUUCAGGGGUGUCCAAACUACGGCCCGCGGGCCGCCAGUUUUUAUUGGCCCGCAGCAAAUUCUGAAAACAUAAUUGAAUAUGGCCCGCACAAGAAGCUUGAGCUCAACUCUGUUCCACUUCUCAGUUUCAACACUAGAUGGAGCCCGCCACACAAAUGAAAUCAAGCGAAGAAAAACUUUUACCGCGAGUCCCCAGAAAUGGCUGCACCGAAGAAACGCAAAAUAGCAAGUGAGUGUAGAAUAUUUCAAACACGUUGGGAAAAUGAGUAUUUCUUCAAAGAAAUCAACAGAGAGUGUGUCUGUUUGUCCGCGCAUUUACACCAAGGAGCCGUGUCAGAAAGCUCGGUGCACACUCAAGUGCGUGUGCGUACUCAGUAGUACGUAGUAAUUUCAUCUAUCAGCGCCGAAUUUCGAAUGUCGGGUGUGACGUUAAUAUUCUCGUAAUUCUGAGUUUUCAGACACAGUUUUAUGCUAAUGCCACCCACAAACCUUCCCCUGGAAUCCUUCCAUUAAAAUGAGUGGCCCGAAGAAAAGAAAGGUGGACACUGAUCCUGAUUGGGUGAUGGAUCUGUGACGUCACUCGGACACUCCAUUAGGUACACACCCAUUUUCAGGUGUACCUCCUGAUUGGCUGUUGGAUCUGUGACGUCACUCGGACACUCCAUUAGGUACACAAGUUUCAGGUUUACCUAAUUUUUGUUUUUUAUUAAAUAACAGGCUACUUGAUUAGGGAAAAGUCACGAUCAAAGCUUAAGUGAAAGUGCCAAUUCUAAACUCAUGUAAAUGUAAGGUAUUUCAAACAGUUUGUUCAAUGUUAUCUGACACUUCAGAUAUGAAUGAAAGGCAGAAUUUGUGUUUUUAGAGUUGUUCACAUCUGCCUGAAUGGCUUAUAUUUGGUUAUUUUGUCAUUUGAAAAAUAAAGACAAUUGUGACAAUGAAA